AUGCGCCUGCGUGCCCUCCUCCUUCUUUAUCUUAUCUUCCUAGACCUACCCCUCUUAUUCGUUUGCAAUUCACCUCUCUCUACUCCUGCUCCUCCUUUUCCUAUAGCGCUCCUUUUUAUUCUAUACCUGUCCUCCUCACACUUCCUCUUUUUUCGUCACCUCUUACUACACCUCUUUCUAUUUCUUAUUCACCUCCUCUCCCUACGACUCCUCGCUCCCCCUAUUCUGUGUACGGCUCCUCAAUUUUCAGCUAAAUCUCUCCCUUUCAUCCAUUCUUUUUCUUCGUCUUCUUUUUUAUCUCUCCCUAAGAAAGCUACUACUUUCUUCAUCUCCUCUCUCCCUAGUCCUUCUACUACAUAUUUCGUAGCCGUCUUCUCAAUGUUUCCACCUUUUCCAUCUCAUCAUACAACACCUCUUUUUUUUCUCUACUGCCAUUUCCUCGUCCUUCUUCAUUUGAUCUCAGUACGCCCCCCUCCUUCAUCUUCAACUUUUCACCUUACGCUCAUUCUUUACUUCGUCUUCUUCUUUACCUCUCCUUACGUCUUCUUCUUCUUUUAUAUUCUAUUACCCUCUUUUUUUUAUUUUAUACUUCGACACUUCCUUUUUGUCAUCUCCUCUUACUACACCUCUUCUUCAUCUUUUCUAACUUCCAAUAUGCUACACGCUUUCUUGAUUUCUUUUUCCAUACUGACAUCUCCUCCCACUUCUUCAUCUCCUCUGCCUACGUCAUCUCCUCUCCCUAAGUCAUCUCCUCUUUCAUUUUAUCUCUCCUCCUCUUCCUUCGUCGUAUCUCUGUGCGCUCCUCCUCUUUCUUCAAAUCCUCUCCCUAAAUCCAUUCUUUUUCAUCGUCUUCGUCAUUUCUCCCUAAGAACGCUCCUACAUUCUUCACCCCCUUUUUUCCAUCGCUCUUCUUAUUUACCUUCCACUAUACAUCUCCUCCUACUUCGUUUACGUCGUCUAUCCCUCCUCCUCUUUUAA